CUGCAUUUGAACUGUAUUCCGUAAGGUGUAAUUGCAAGGAAGAAACGACAAAUCGUUGGGCUUAGUCAAAGGAAAAAUGUUCUUGAAUUCUCUGCUGAUAUGUGUUGCAUGAUCUCCACUUGGCCUUUGUUUUAAUAUUUUUGAAUUUUAACAAAUUAUUAUUGAUGUCAAAUGGCUAUUCAAAAUUCUGGAUAGACGUCUAUGGCCGGCUUUGGUUUUUUAACCGAAAGAAAUCACUUCAGAGGAAUUCCACUAACCCAAAGUAUACGAAAAUCAUAUUUUUAUGAUUGUUGGUAUUUCGGGAAGCUUUUGUUAAAUAUGUACGGUUUUGGAUGAUAUGCGAUUCGACACUUAGGGGAAGAAUUUGCUUGCCAUGCGUUUCUUCCACGCGGAUGAAAGAGAGAGAGUUAGGGUUUGGUAAUUAUAAAGUAAAACGGGUUCUGAUUGACGGGAAACUCUUCUUGUGUUGUUUUUGGAUUGAAAUUUAUGCAGAUUGCAGAAAGCAGUGUUUUGGUGACUGCGUUAAUUCUGAUUCGGAGAAUCUGAAGGUCGUGCUUUUAUCAUAUUUUCGAAAUGGUUGAAGAUUUUGUUGAAAUAGUUGACGAGGCACCUUUGGAUAUAACUAAAUACACUAAUCUAGUGAGGAGUCCAGCAGCUGGGGCAAUUGCAACCUUUAUGGGAACAACAAGGGACACUUUUGAGGAUAAAGAGGUUGUGGAGCUUCGAUAUGAAGCUUAUGUUCCCAUGGCUCAUAGACAGCUUAGAGCAAUAUGCACUGAAGCUAGAAACCGCUGGGAACUGAUGCGAGUUGCAGUGGCCCAUCGUCUUGGCGUUGUACCCGUUGGGGAAGAAAGUGUUUUUGUUGCAGUGUCCUCUGUUCAUAGGAGGGAUGCUCUUGAAGCCUGUGAGUAUGUUAUUGAUGAGAUCAAAGCAUCAGUUCCUAUUUGGAAAAAGGAAAUUUAUACUAAUGGUGAGGUUUGGAAGGAGAAUUCUGAGUUCUUAUUGCGAAAACCAGAGCCUAGUAGACAGCAGGCAGACUCAAAAGCUAAUAAAAGUGGUCAACAUUUCAGGUGCUGUGGUCACAAGGAAAGAGUGUCUGUGAAUGGUGAUGAUUUCGAAGAUAGAGUUGUGGGGAACAGUGAGAAAGAAACGGAAGGAAAUGGGCAUUUUGAAGGGGAAGUCAAUGCAGAAAGAUGCAUACGAGAAGAGGAUUGCCAGGGUUAGUCUCUAUGCGACUUUCCUUAAGUACAAGUGCUACUCCUUUCUUGGGCUUCAGAGUGUAUGCUUGUGAAGGGAAGUGGUCGUAUUUAUCUGGUUGUGAAAACAUUGAAAUGUAAGAAGAAAAAAUUUAAUAGCUCUUUUAUAAAUGUUGUGUUUCUUCAUGUUAUUUGUGAGCAAUUGAAAUUUAAGAAGAAAAAUUUAAAUAGCUAUCUUUAUAAAUGUUGUGUUUUCUUCUGUUAUUCUUACAGUUGGAAAAUGAUGCAGUUUGAUUGUAAUCUUCAUCUGGUUUCCAGAUUGUCAAUCUAUUACCGAGCAAAU